GCGAGAUGCCGCACGUCCGGCACCGGUAGGCCACGAAGUUGGCGGUCCACACCAGGCCGCACAGCGUGGCCGGGUCGUAGGCCCGCACCGCCUGCACGAAGCUGUCCCACGGCUCGCCGCCCGCCAGCAGGCAGCGGCACCACGCCAGCGCCUCCGACACCGACUCGCCGCCGCCUCCUCCGGCGCCGCCGCUCGGCGGGCUCAGCACCGUCUCCAGCAGCGCCCGCAGCUCGCCCGCCGCGGCCUCGCUCUCGUCCGCGCUCAGGCUGAGGGCCGCUUUGAGGCGCGACGCCGUGGCCCGCUUCUCCUGGGCGCUCGAGCCCCCGGCGGCGCCCGCCAUGACGGCGGCGGCCUUCUCCCCCCUCAGCAACCGCGACGCAGCUCCGGCCGCCGGGCUCCUUCGCUCGCGGCCCUCUCGGCUCCGCUUUCCCCUCCCUUCGCCGCCUCUCGCGAUAGCCGGGAAAGCCGGCGCCCUGCCCGCCCGCCUCAGGCCGCCUCCUCGCCUCGACCCGCCGCCGCCGCCGCCGCCUCCUUCUGCCACGGCUGGCUCCUGGCGGCGCCUCCCCGCCCUGAUGUUACUGUACACACACCCGCCCCCUCCGGUGUGCAGCCUCCGAGGAACCUGCGUGUUUAUAUAUAUACGUGUGUACAGGGCGGGUUGGUGCGCCUGCUAACGCGCGUGAAACGCAAAGCGCUCGCGGCGUUCACACGACACACGUUUCCGCCAAACGGCCCUUCUUCGCGUGUCCACUCAGAAGCGAGACGCGCGUUACGGAGGCCCGACCCAACUCUUUAGCUAGAGGCAUAGGAGCCAACUCCUAGGGGCCGAAGGGACACCCCACUUUCCAUAAAACAUUUGAGGCCAAAGUUAAUGGGCAUUGUGCACCGCAUCAGGUGAUCGGUCAUGUGAGGUGAGGGUUACCUGCCCCACCCCUCAAUAUUUUAUUCAUAUUGGCUUCUCUGGGUUGUAUUAUUAUUAUUAUUUUAUUAUUAUUAUUAUAUACCGCCCUAUGCCCAGAGGUCUCAGGGCGGUUCACAGAACAAAAUCAAGAUAUAAAGCCAUAAAAUAUAUAGUCAAAAUAAAAGCAACAACCCCCAAGUACUGUUCCCCAAACUUGGGUUACCACAUAGGUUUUUUGGGGGGACUACAAUUCCCAUCAUUCCUGACCACUGGUCUUGCUAACUAGGGAAGAUGGGAGUUGUAGUUCAAACGCAGCGGGAGACCCAAGCUUGGGAAACGCUGGUUUUAAGGCAAGUGUGUCCAAAGUCCGUUUCGAGGGCCUAAUUCGGCCCUGUGGCAGUUUAUUUUAUUUCAACAACUUCAAUUCUAAAGAGAGCUCAACAACUUUGGGGUAAAAUCGUAAAAAAAAAGCUCAGCAACUUCAGUCCUCAACAACUAUGAUCAGCCUUCAUGCAUGUUCGCUUCAUAAAAUCUGGCCCUCUUUGAAAAAAGUUUGGGCACCCCUGGGGAACAAUUGUGUGGGUGGCAUGCACAUGAAGGGCGUUCGAGCCACGCAUAAGGAAGGCUGAUGACAUUUUUUGACUGAUAGUCCUUCACUUCAGGCACCCACUAGGUUUGGAAGCAGUGCUAGAUUACCAGAAAGGUAGAAUAGGCCAUGGGCAGAGAGGGCUGCUGCCCCCUCCCCAAAAUUAGUAAAAUCAAAUCUGAGGUUCUAUCCCCUGCUCAACAAAAAUCCUGGCUAUGCCCAUGGAGUAGGCCUAUGGGUUCCAUGCCUUUUAGGGGCCCCACAAUAACGGAUUAAAACAAUAUUUAUUUGUUCUUGAAAGAAAAUAACCAAGGAAAGGUAUUCCACCCUAUGUACUGCUGCCUUGGAUGCACCCCACUACUGAUAGCACUCUGUUAACCUCUGUCACCGCAGGCAGUGGUAUAGAAGGCCCAGCACUAAAAGCGGUGAAACAAGUGGUUGCAAAUAUGCAAAAGCCACAAAAAGUUUUGAAUCAAUGUACCUGGGUGUCCUCAGUGCCUGAUUACCAAAUAGGCAGAGUAGGCCUAGGGGCCGACCCCACACCUUUUAGGGACCCCACAACAACGGAUCGAAAUAAUAUUGAUGUGAUCUUGAAAGAAAAUUACAGUCAAGUAUUAGGAGAUCAUUUGCGGGGGGGGGGGGGGCACUGAGAUUUCGACUGCCUAUGAGCUGCCACAGGGUUUAAUUGGACACUGGCUGCCCUUUCACCCCAGAUAGCUCCCCAAAAGCUACACCAAUUUGGGAGUAAAUCCCACUUACCUAACUCAACUGGACUCGCUUCUGAGUAGGCAUGGAUUGGCUCGUGCUACUGGCGGGCGUUGGGUUUCCGAAAGCAGCUUAUUUGGCCUAGAAUUGUAUGCUGCUUCCCCGUAAUGUUAUGUACUGAAGUUUUCAGCCUGGGCCAGCAGGGGGAUACUAUAGAUAGUUUUCACUCAGGUCCACAUAUGCAAAUAAGGGAUUGAAAGUGACGUUCAGUGAUUGGAUAGUUAUAGAAAGUUGUUACAGUUGCGUUGUAGUGGAGCUCUAUAUAAGCAGGCUGGCUGAACCCUUCAGUUCAGUUCUGUUCUGGCCGGUGAAUAAACAAGAGCUGUUUGAAGAAUUGCUGUGUCGACUGAUAUGUUCACCCACAACUUAACACGUAACAUCUUACAUAAGCGGCUUACAUGAAAUGCAAUAGUUAAAAGCUGCCAUCUGUACUGAAGUUAGCACGUUUGAAUCCUGGGAUUUUAAGCGGGUUUGCAAUCGCUUAAAAAUCUGCGCAGAACCAAGCGGAUCUACCCCUCUGAUCCAAUGGGGCUUUUAGGCAGAAGGGAAACCAACUGUGCUGAAUCAAUCUCACUCCCCCAACCACUUCUCCCUGGUGUAGGACUGCCAUACGUCCGGAUUUUCCCGGACAUGAACUGGAUUUCAAAGGCGGAAUUGACAUCCAGUUUGAAUUUCCAAAAGGUGGUGCUUUGUCCUGGAUCGCCCUUGCAGCGGAUGUCAAGGCAAUAAACAACUAUUUUACUUUUAAAAGACAACUGAAGUCUGCCCUGUUUAGGGAAGUUUUUAAUGUCUGACACUGUAUUGUUUUUAAUAUUUGGUUAGAAGCUGCCCAGAGUGGCUGGGGAAACCCAGCCAGAUGGGCGGGGUAUAAAUAAUAAAUUAUUAUUAUUAUUAUUAUUAUUAUUAGGCAAGUUGAUCGAAAGCAGAUGAAAACAUUAGCAGGAUUUUAACUUCACUUGUAAUAACAAAUAUCAUGGACAAUAUGGAUAGAUACCAAACACAGACUAUGAAAUAAUAUGCAGUUGGAAAUGCUGACAAUAGGACCGAUGGAGGGGGUGGGGGGAAAUUGCGAGAUUCAGAGAAUUCUCAUUUUAUGGCUGUGUAUUAGGCAUCGUAACUAAUUUUUCAUUUGUAAAAUCAAAUAAAACUAUUUCCAAAAGAAAAAUCGCAGAGUGUUUUUUUUUUGGGGGGGGGGUCUUCCUAAAAAAAAAAAAGCCCCACAACUUUCGCGGUGUCCUGGGUUCUUUACUUUUCGAAAUAUAUAUGGCAAUCCAACCCUGACUUGUGCACAUAGCUGUCAACCUUCCCUUUUUUUUUGCGGGAAAUCCCCUUAUUCCAGCGCCGUUUCCCGCUGCUUCCGGCUGCUAUCCCGGAUUGUUAGAUAUCCCUGGGACAGGUGAGGCUGCUGAUCCCUUAUUUUCUAGGCUGCUGAUCCCUUAUUUUCUAGGCUGCUGAUCCCUUAUUUUCAGAUCUGAAAGUUGACAGCUAUGCUCGUGCAUCGAAAGUGACAGUUUCCAUCCCGUUUCUCGCGCUUCCAGGGCAGGCGCCGGAUUCCUGCUCCGGGUUUUCGCUGCUGCAGCAGCAAGAGGAACUAAAGCGAGGGGGCUGCUGUUUCUUUUGUGUACAGGGGAUCCCUUAAGAAACCGCACAAAGCGGAAAUGUGAUCUUUCGUGGCGUGGAAGCUGCAGCGAGGAAGGUAAAAGGCAUCUUCCUGGAAGCCACUUCGGGUUCUUAUUCUUGCAAACAACUAUUUGACUUUUAGAAGGCAUCUGAAGUUUUUUCAGGGAGUUUUUUUUUAAAUGGUUGAAGUUUCAUUGUGUUUUUACUAUUUGGUUGGGAGCAGCCCAGUCAGAUGGGCGGCAUAUGAAUGAUAAAAUUAGUAUUAUUAUUUUAUUUUCCAAAAAACCCCAAAACUCGUUGCUGCUGUUGCUCUUUGCACUAUCUUCUCGGGAACACGAAUAUAACGCUGGAAGAGAAGCUCCUUUUCCCUUUGGGACGGUUGCUAUCCUGUUCAGGCUUCUUUCAGGUGCAGCUUUACUUCCGAGUAAGCGUGCAAGGGGGCUCGAUUAAAAAAAAAAAAAAUUAAUUUUCAAUUGCAAUCCAAUAAUAGCCUCAUUAUAACAACACCAAAUUGUAAUACAAUUCCUAAGGCCAAUUGUUCAAAUACCAGGGGGCUCGAUUUUGAGCUCUCCCCAAUUUUGAGAAUUUUCCCAGUGAUCUCCCAUGUCUCACGAUUCUUGAAGCACAUUAAAAAACAUUGGUCCACGUAUACUGAAGGCCUGAUGGCUUCAGUUUCGUAAGGCCUGGCACCUUUUUCUCUCCUUAUUAGCAUCCAGCCUGAGAGUUUGUGCUCUUUUUAAAUUGGCCUAAAUAAAAGUUUUACCCUAUUGUAGGGUGGGGUUUUGUUUUGGUUUGGUUUUGGUGGGGUGCCACCAUUUCACAUUAUUUUGCUUCUUUGUUCCAACUGUCAUAGCGCUCCAGCAUUUCCUUCUCUUGGCAGUUUUUUCCCCAAAAGAGUAUUUUGUUUGGUUUUACGGUCGUGUGUUUUCUGUAUUUAAUUUGUAAGCUUGUUUUAUAGCAUUGUCGUUGGACCUUGUAUGGUGCCUGGAGGACUGUUAUAUUGCGGCUUAUAAACUGAACGGAUGAAUAAGUGAAAAAUUCUAAGUGUUAGAAAUUGAAAGAAAAGUUGGAAGGCAUCUGAAGGCAACCCUACAUAGGGAAUCUUUUAAAUGCUGGAUGUUUUAUAAUUUUUUAAAUAUAUGUUGGAAGCCACCCAGAGUGGCCAGGACAACCUAGUCAGAUGGGCAGGGUAUAACUAUUAAAGUUGUUGUUUUAUCGUGCUUGGUAACACUUUAUCUUUUUUUACAAAUUUAAUCUGUUGACUUGCCGCUGUAUUAUUUAUGUUCUUUCCUAAAACUUUAAUAAAUACAGGUGGCAGAGGACAAAAACAAAUUAAGAAAAACAGGAAUUGUGCUCUUGAACCCAGUGCAUGCAUGUAACAACCACAUCCGUGUUUAAUUCCUAUGUAUAUCUGAUUAUAAAUUUCCCUUCAAGCUUAAACUAAACAUGAAGAAGUUAAAACUUAAAGAACUAGAGAGCAAUCUUCAACAAGUUGAUGAUUUUGAGAAUCCAAAACUUCUGCUUGAGCAAUAUCCAACAAGACCACAUAUUGCAGGUAAAUCUCAAUAUUUAUUCUAUUUCUUAACAGUAUGGCUAACAUACUCAGAGGAGACUUAUUGAAAACAAAAGGGUUAAGCUAAUAAUGACUAACUUAAAUUUCUUGAUUUAAAUGGAUUUACUGUGACUUGGAUGCAACCCUAUAAAUCUAUUCUGCAAACGCUAAUUCAAGAAAGUAGCCUCAUUCUAGAACCUAUGGUUGUUGGUGUGGAUGAUGUAUAUAGCAAUCAUGUAUAUUUAGCAUUAAAUUUAAGUCAUGUGGGCAGCAAAAAUUCUCAUUAACAAGCUUUAAGUUGUGGAUAAAACAUGUUUUUCUCCUGGGGCUGUCAAGGAAGUCAAGAGCUUAAUUUGUAUCCCUGGAGCUUAACUUAUUAAUUGAUGGUGAAUAUUGAAUUAUGACUGUUUUGUUAUGCUCUUGGACUCCUCUGAAAAGCAGGAGUCCAUGUUCGAAACAAUUUAGUGGAAGAAAACAUGCUGCCAAGAUAAUUCCCAUAUUUUGGGGUCAUGAACAGAAACACGUUCUUGUUUGACUUGUUCUGUGCUAAUCACUGGCUGGAGCCACCUGGAUUUUUUACAACCUGUCUUGCAAAUAUAUUUACUUUAGUCUUCUUAGCUUGCCUUGCCCACUAUAAAGUUGGCUGAUUGGCUGGGAGUGUUUGGACUUAAUAGGAAACUGUUCAGCUGGUGAAAAGGGGAUAGAUUAGAGGCCUGCAUUUCAUUCCAGCCUUACAGUAUGGUUUUGUAUUUGCCCGGAACCUGUCACCUGUAUUUCUUUGUUUUUGUCAUCUAGCAUGUAUGCUUUAUACAAUUCACAAUACUUUUGGUGAUAUUGAAAACAAGACUGUUGCAGAUCUUGGGUGCGGUUGUGGUGUGUUGAGCGUUGGAAGUGCCAUGUUGGGAGCAGGGUAGGUCUCUUACAGCAAUGUGUUUCUUGCUUUCUCAUAAUGGGUGCCGAUACUGGAUAUAUUUCUGAAAAAUGAUAAAAGUGUGUAACCAGAAAGUCUUGAUGAAGCCAACCAACCUAGAAAAGUGCAGUUAGUAAAUUUUUAGAAAGGGUUUUACGUUAAAGGCUAGCAUCCUGAUCUGGACCUAUACUAAAGGACCUGGACCUAUUAUGUAUGUGCAUUAGGAAAUCCCUAAUACAGUGGUACCUUGGUUUACGAACUUAAUCCGUUCCAGAAGUCCGUUCUUAAACCAAAACCAUUCUUAAACCAAGGCACACUUUCCCUAAUGAGGCCUCCCACUGCUGGUGCCCGUCCACCGUUCGGAUUCCAUUAUUAGACCGAGGUAAAGUUCUCAAACCAAGACACUAUUUCCGGUUUUGCGGAGUUUGUAAACCGAAUUGUUCUUAAACUAGACUGUUCUUAAACUGAGGUACCACUGUACUGAGUGAGACCAUUGGUCCUUCUAGCUCAGUAUAGAGUGAAUUGCAGUGGUUCUCCAGAGUUGCAGACUGGGGACAUAUCAGUCCCACCUAUUUAUGCUGGGGAUUGAAACUGGGACCUGCUGAGGAAUGGCUUGUAUCCAUAUUGGUUUGAAAACUGCAGGCGUAAAUUGGAUAUACUGCUGAGUGGAGAUGCAGUCUAGCCAUGCUUUGUUGCUUUGAAUAUACCGUGGUACCUUGGCUCUCAAAUUUAAUCCAUUCGACUUCCAAAAUGGUUCGAAAACCAAGGCGCGGCUUCCGACUGGCUGCAGGAGCUUCCUGCACUCAAUUAGAAGCCGCGUCGGACAUUCGGCUUCCGAAAACCUGAACACUCACUUCUGGGUGAGCCGAUUUGUUCAGGAGUCAAGCCGUUUGACUACCAAGGUACCACUGUAACGUGUGUCCCUAAAUACACUGGCUGCCUUCAAACGCCACACUGAGCCACAGAGUAUGGUUUGUUUAACUAGACUGUGCACAAAGCUCAUGUCUUUUCCCACUUUGCUCUAGUCAGGUGGGGAAACUAAGACCAAUCCUUCGCUUAGUGUUACAUCCAAACCAGCAUGGUUUAUUUCUGACACAUAACACAAUUGGGAAACCUCUAGAUUGGAAUUUGGAGAGACGCAAACUACAAGCACGUGAUCAGGAGUAACUAAGACAGCUUGUGGUUUAUUUAGCCACUUAACUAUGGAACGAGCUGCUGUGGCAGAACAUAGUUUAUGCACGGUACAGUUAAAGAAAUCAUGACGUAUGCCACGUCUGAAUGCUGCCAUUAUUGCAGAGCUUAAACCAGGCAUGGCCAAACUUGACCCUCCGGAUGUUUUGGGACUGCAACUCCCAUCAUCCGUAGCUAACAGGACCAGUGGUCAGGGAUGAUGGGAACUCCAGGUCAAUUGUGGAAGUAAAAAAACCUGAUAGCCUGGUCUCUCCUGAGCACUCGCGAUGCGCCUCGCCUCCAUGUACCAUCGCUGCUGCCACUGCUGCUAUGAAAGCUCUUGUUCCCUGCAUUGGUGGCAGUGGGAGAAGCAGGGAGGCUGUGAACCAUUGGGUGAGCGGUUUUCUGCAAUCCUUCCUUAAAAAAGCUCAACAGCUCUGAUCUUUCCCCCUAAAAUAAGCUCAACAACAACUCAGUUGACUCCCCCCCUAGAAAAGCUCAACAGCUAUGGACAAUGACAAUGGGUAGAUCACUGCCAGUUUUAUUAUAUUGGGAGUAGAUAGCAGUCUCUGGAGAGUUGGAUUGCCUGCCAUAGAGUAACUCUUCUGUAUUGCAAGCUUUCACAUGAAGGAAUUCACAAAAGUCAUUCCUAUGAAGAAAACAUUUGACACUCUUAGUUUAUUGACGUUUAUAAAAUGUGCAACCUUACACCCACUUUUGAGUCGCUCAGGUGACUUGAAGAUUAGCAUCCUAAAGACACAUUAGUUGGGUAAGGGGUAAUUACUCGUAUGUUUAAAUGUCUGAAUGAACAGGGUGCAAAGUUUGGCUAGCCUUCCUAGAACAAAGUCACAUAGCAACAGGGGAAAUUGUCUUUUUAUUGUCUGCAUCAGUGGUGUGCGGUCAUUGGACUGGGGGGAUUAGUCUAGUCCCUUAAAUGUUCCCCUGGCACCACCUUCCCAAUGCCCAGGAAGCUUCUGCCCAGCCUAGGGAGGGAGGUGUGAUGCUCUGAUGGGUCCAAGAGCCUUCCCACCUGCCCAGCUUUUGGAAGGAGGCAAGAGGGCUCCAGGGUCCUCUCAGAGCCCUGGCGUCUCCUCAAAGCCCUGGAAGCAUCAGCCCGGCUUGGGGGGGGGGGGAGGCACGAUGCUCAUGUACGUGACGUCCCCUCCCCAAUCGCUUUCGCAAGCUGGCACUUCUAGCCCUACAAAAAAAAAAGUCACACCACGCUACUGGUCUGCAUCUUGGUAAUCAUUCAUUUAUGCAUCCAGUCUUCAAUACAAAUCCGUUAUUUCCUUCGACAGAAAAGGCUAGUAUUGAGCAUUCUUUCACAGUACACAUAUACCAGGAAUAGGGGUGCAGGUGGCGCUGUGGUCUAAACCACUGAGCCUCUUGGGCUUGCUGAUCAGAAGGUCGGUGGUUUGAAUCCCCGCCACGGGGUAAGCUUCCAGCUCCUGCCAACCCAGCAGUUUGAAAGCACGCCAGUGCAAGUAGAUAAAUAGGUAUCGCUGCAGCGGGAAGGUAAACGGUGUUUCCGUGCGCUCUGGCACUUGUCACGGUCCUCCGUGUGCCAGAAGCGGUUUAGUCAUGCUGGCCACAUGACCCAGAAAACUAACUGUGGACAAACGCCGGCUCCCUUGGCUUGAAGGCGAGAUGAGCACCGCAACCCCAUAGUUGCCUUUGACUGGACUUAACUGUCCAGGGGUCCUUUACCUUUACCUUUUAUCUAUACCAGGAAUAACAUCAACAUAUUCGUAACUGAAACAAAAUAAAAAAAAAUCCGUCCAGUAGCACCUUACAGACCAACUGAGUUUGUUAUUGGUAUGAGCUUUCAUGUGCAUGCACACUUCUUCAGAUACCACUUCAGAUAAGUGUGCAUGCACACGAAAGCUCAUACCAAUAACAAACUUAGUUGGUCUCUAAGGUGCUACUGCAAGGAAUUUUUUCAUUUUGUUUCGACUACGGCAGACCGGCACGGCUACCUACCUCUAACUAGAAAUAUUCGUAACUGUAAUUGCUGUUUUUCAUUUUCCCCUUUUCCAGGUUAUGUAUAGGAUUUGACAUAGAUGCUGAUGCCUUGGAAGUAUUUAGCAAGAACGCUGAAGAAUUUGAGCUGAGAAAUAUUGAUUUGGUCCAGUGCAAUGUGUGUUCUUUGUCUGACAGAAUGCCAAAAACCUUUGAUACAGUCAUUAUGAAUCCUCCCUUUGGAACGAAGCACAAUAAAGGUUGGUAACGAUGCAGCCUUAUUUCCAGUGAUAAAGCAACUAGCUUUACAAACGAAAGGUUUUGUAAUUACACUUCUUGGCAAUUUCUUUCAGUACUUACUUUUGGAUUGUGUAAGAGUGGCGAUUUCUAAAGUCUAGUGCCAUUUUUUUAGGCUGCAUGUGUGGUGUUAAUAAGGAUUUGUCCUCAUGCAUCUUCUAUAUAUUGGAAGACUCAUGUCACCAAUCCUGUUUUGCUCUCCUCCCAGGUUGUGCAAACCCAAUUCCUUCUGUUCUUCAAAAGUGUUCACUUUCUUUCUACAUUUAGCACUAGAUUUAAGAUGGAUGCUUGUGAUGUUCUGCUUGUUAAUAUUUCCAAGCAUAUGCUAUUUUAUCCAGCACAUUGUAGCCAUCUAAUAGGGGGCAUCUAAAAGGGACGCAGGUGGCGCUGUGGGUUAAACCACAGAGCCUAGGACUUGCCGAUCAGAAGGUCGGCGGUUUGAAUCCCCGCGACGGGGUGAGCUCCCGUUGCUCGGUCCCUGCUCCUGCCAACCUAGCAGUUCGAAAGCACGUCAAAGUGCAAGUAGAUAAAUAGGUACCACUCCAGUGGGAAGGUAAAUGGCGUUUCCGUGUGCUGCUCUGGUUCGCCAGAAGCGGCUUAGUCCUGCUGGCCACAUGACCCUGAAGCUGUAUGCCGGCUCCCUUGGCCAAUAAAGCGAGAUGAGCACCACAACCCCAGAUUUGGUCCCGACUGGACCUAAUGGUCAGGGAUCCCUUUACCUUUAUUUAAUAGGGGGCAAAACCUUCCCUGUUUUUUGGGGGGGUUGGGUGGGCGGAGUAAGUCAUCUGAAAAUGGCAAAAGUUUUACUGAAGUUUAGGCACAUCGCUUCUGUUCCUUCCCACUCGUCAGUAAGGUCUGUCAUCUUUUGUGGAAAGAGGCACUAAUUUGUUUAAGGUUGUAACUAAAAGCAUGAUGUUAGACAGGAACAGGUAGCUAAAAUAUUUACUCUUCUUGGGCAGGGAAACUGAAUAUUCAAAUAUACUGUUUAAUUAGGCUUUCAAUGCUGAAAACCUGGAAGAGACACAUUUGGCUUCCAAAUUAAACAAAACAUUUUUUCCCAGAGUUACCAAGUUUCACUUAAUGCUGACGGACAAAGCUUAAAAUCAAUUUAAUGUUUGUCAUCGCACCUUUCAAGAUUGCUAGCCUGCUACCCGUUUCAAUAAAACAAGUUUUGCUUUGGCUCAUUCAAUAGGCGAUGUGAAACGUAACAACCAUCUUUAAUUUCCUAGGCAUGGAUAUGGCUUUUCUCAAGACAGCAUUGCAGUUGGCAAGGACAGCCGUAUAUUCCUUGCACAAGACUUCGACCCGACAGGUACAUCUCAGUCAAGUUUGUCUUCUUUCCACCUAUAUUACAGGAACUGAGUGGGUCAGAACUUAUGGGAGCUCUAGCGAUACAAAGAUCACACUUUGGAACAUAAUUUCACGAUCAGCUACAUUACAAGUCAGUGUUUAGGAUUCUUACCCUUUGGUCACGAUGGAAGCAGUCCUAUCGCAGCUGUUGCGCCAGUUCAAAAGAUCAGGCAUGCUUCUGCCGAUUGCCGAGGUGACCACUAAACACCUUGCAUUUCUUCCAUGCUUAGCAUAUCCAGAAGAAAGCAGAUGAAUGGAAUGUGAAAAUGGAAGUUUUAGCAGGUAAGAGCUGACUGUUUAGAUCAGCCUUAAAGGAACAUAGUUCCCCUUGCUAAUAAUAAUAAUAAUAAUAAUAAUAAUAAUAAUAAUAAUAAUUUUUUAUUUAUAUCCCGUCCUCCCCAGCCGAAGCCAGGCUCAGAGAAUGUUUGGGCUAGAUGGGAGGCUGCUGUGAGGAAGAGCAACUUGAAUUUAAUAAAAAAAAUGAAACACAGAUUAUGCCUAAUACAGUCAAACCUCGGUUGUUGAACGUAAUCUGUUACAAAAACCCGUUCGGCUUCCGAAAUGUUUUGACAACUGAGGCGCGGCUUCCAAUUGGCUGCAGGAGCUUCCUGCACUCCAGCGGAAGCCGCGUCAGAUGUUCGGCUUCCGAAAAAUCUUUGAAAGCCGGAUCACUUACUUCCGGGUUUUCGGCGUUCGGGAGCCAAAACGUUCCAAAAUGGAGGCGUUCGGGAACCAAGGUUUGACCGUAUUUGGGUUGUCUUAUAGUGCCUAAAAAAUGAAACUCAAAAGAGCUGCUUCCAAAAGUCAUUUUGUAAGAGCUAUAACGAUGCUGACUUGAUUACAUACGAUGUAGGAGCCAGUUUUGCUUUUUCCGGUUGAGUUGCCCUGAGAACUUGGCUAUUAGGGGAAAUAAGUAUGGUUAAAUGAGAGCAGACAAUUUUAAAAAAUCUUUUAAAUUCCAUUUUAGAAGUAGAUCAGGUGAUUUACUGCUUGUCCGAUAAUGUACCCCCCCAUCCAAACCUUAGACAAAUAAUGUUCCUGACCUCCAAUAUCCAUUUUAUUUUAAUUUAUAUCCUGCCUUAUCUCCUGCUAUUUCUAGACUACAACUCCCAUCAUCCCUCGCUAGCAAGACCAGUGGUCAGGCAUGAUGGGAAUUGUAGUCCAAAAACAGCUGGAGACCCACCGUCUGGGAAACACUAGGAUGGAUUCUUCUAAGACAGAUUACAAAUAUCAUAAUGCUUUUUUUAUAAAAAAAAAUGCAGCAUGCGUAACAAGCCUGCAACAACCUUCCUCGAGGGCAGCAGAUGGUAGAUGGUCCUCCUUUGUGGCAAGUGCAUUUUUCAUCUAGUUCAGGCUUUGUCGCCUUGCCUCCCUCUCCCAGAAUCUUUAUCAUACAACAUCUGAUGGCCCUGGAAAAACAGGCUGUGUAUCUAAAAUGCAUUUAGUCCAUGGAAACUUGUGUUUUCUUCCUGAUUCCAGUUAACCUGCUUUCGCAUCAUUAUUCCCUAAUGCUUUUGCUGUUUACACCCAGAGACAUAAUUGCCUGAUACCAUCCAUUACAGCUUAAUGUGUUUACUCAUUUUGUUUUCAGAACUGAGAUACGACCUACCAGCCUCAUUCAAGUUUCACAAGAAGAAAUCGGCAAGUAUUAAAUCACUCUUGAGCCAGAGUGAAUAUAGGAACUUGGUAGUUUUAACGGAAGCAUGGGCUUAGGACCACGUAUGAAAACCUUUUAGGCAAGGAGCUCUGUGUAUUCUGUGACUGAACUGUUCAGGCACUAAAGGUCGAUCCAGGAACAGAAAUCAGGAUCCCGAGAAUCAACUCUGUGGGAGCAGAGACCUUAAGAAUGGCUCAGCCCUAGAAGCCACUUAACUCGAACGUAUAACAUGAAACCUGUUUUGAACAUGAUUAUGUAUACAGUGGUACCUUGGUUCUCAAAUGCUGAAAACCCGGAAGUAAGUGUUCCGGUUUUUGAACAAUUGUUUUUGUUUUUGCUAUUUAUUUUGCAUUUUUGAGGCUUUUUCAGUUAAUUUGUUUUUGUGACUGUGUGGAACCCCAGUUCAGCUGCUGAUUGAUUGUGACACUGCGGAAAUGGAUAAAAGCCCCCAAUCCAAACAAUUUUUAUCAUCUACAAUACUGUCUUAUUUAUUUUCUAGUACAGUACAUUGAUUAUUGCUUUCAUUUUAUGGAUCAGUGGUCUCGUUAAGAUAGUAAAAUUCAAGUUAAAUUGCUGUUUUAGGGGUUGUUUUUAAAAGUCUGGAACGGAUUAAUCCGUUUUGCAUUACCUUCUAUGGGAAAGCGUGCCUUGGUUUUGGAACGCUUUGGUUUUGGAACAGACUUAGUUUGAGAACCAAAGUACCACUGUACAGGUACACAUCCCCCUAAACAAACUGGUGGUGAUACAAGCAGGUGGUACAACCUAAGUGUUGGCCAGCAGAGAUCCAGGUAAACAUUACACUAAGCCUCUGUUUACUAACAGAGCAUGAAGUCAUCUGUGUCCUGCUGGUCCACAUUAUGGAUUACACCAUAUUGAUUUUUCACACGCAAGUGCUGUUGCUAGAAAGCACCAUAUUCAAGUAGAAGCAAAAAUAUACAAGGUGGAUACACCCACCUAUUUUCUCACAGGCAACCCACCCCCAAUCUUUCUCACAUAUACAGUGGUGCUUCAGGUUACAGACUCCGCUAACCCAGAAAUACUACCUCGGGUUAAGAACUUUGCUUCAGGAUGAGAACAGAAAUCGUGCUCCUGCGGCGCAGCAGCAGCAGGAGGCCCCAUUAGCUAAAGUGGUGCUUCAGGUUAAGAACGGACCUCCUGAACGAAUUAAGUACUUAACCCGAGGUACCUCUGUACAGGGUUAUCCCCACUCAGUUUUUUUUUAAAGGCCCUCUGCAGUACUAAGCAACUCCCUACUGGCAGGCAAGCAAUAACUGAGCAAGCAAAGUGGCCCUUGUUCCUUCUCUCCUCCCCCCAUUUUGAAAAAAAAAAAAGGCCCUCUAAGGGGCUCUAUGUGGCUGGUGGGGAGAAAAAUGGCAGUUUCCUCUUCCUUGACCCUCCCCAUCUAAAAAAAAAAUAAAUCCCAUGUGGCAAAGCAAUAAAAACCAACUUAAAUAACAGGUGCCCCGGUUGCUUGAGGGAUGCCAAGAAAGGCUUUUACAGACACCAGGUUGAUCACACACAACCCAACUCCCAUUGUUGUGGUAAACAGGAAAAGCAAAUGAAAUUCAAAGGUAGCUAUUUAACAGAAGCACUGGCAAGCAGUUCAGAAUCGAAUCACUCAAGUCGGGUAACUGUACACAUUUUGCUUUAUUUAAGCCCACCUUUCCCAUCAAACUCAAGACGGUGGUACACCUGUUGUUCCACUUCUGAAACCUAAUGCAAUAUAAUUCAUUGAAUUCCAACACUGAAGCACGUUAAGUUUAUUUGGUAUCUACUAAAUACAACUUUUGUACAUAGUUUUGAAUGAAGGUGGUUCAGUUUUCUUGAGCCUUUCCCCUUUGGCCCAGGGGUUACGGAGGUGGUGCCCACGGGCAGAGAUUUUCCUGCAGAAGCCUUUCCCACGGCUGCCCUGCCUUUCCCCACUGCUGAAAUUAGGCUCGAAAAGAGCAUUCGGUUGUAGCUAAUAGAAAAGGUUGCCGUAAUUAGUGUGUGUGGCCUACAAAAAGAGUUGGCAACUCCUGGUGCGUUGUAUAACAAACAAUUUACGCUUUUAUCCAGGCCACAGUCCCUGCCCCCAAUCCUCCAGAGCGUAUUUGGGGGGGGGCAUGCAGGGGGGUUGUAAGGGGAGAAUAGAGGAAAGGGAAGUCCCAUUUAUGUUAAGAGGGACAACACAGUUCGAUUUCACUCAAAUAGCUAUUAUAAAAGGGUAUGUUUUUUAAAAAGAAAAAAUCCCAAAGAAAUAACGUGAAAUGUAACUCUUUCUUCUAUCCCCUUUUUGCAGGUGGACAUCGAAGUCGAUUUUAUUAGAUUCUCUUGCAGAAAACAGGAUGAACGGAGGAAUGAUUGAAAACAAAUCAUUUGUUUCUUUAAAGCAAAACCCUCAAUGCUUUUUUUGGAGUACUAUUCUGUAUCUCCAGCUCCAUUUUCUGUCUUCAGCUGUUUGCGGGCAGGCUCUUCCUUCUCAGCCUCUUCCAGUGGUCUUUUCUUUGGACUCGCCGCCCCUAAAAACGUCCAAGAGUUAACUCAGUAUUUGAUCUAUGAAACAGCCAGAUCCAUACCUCUGCCAAUAAAGCAAGUAUUACUGAAACUUUUUGUGCAACCGUCCUUGGUGCCUCUCUCAGAACAACAUCAAAUGCUUACGCUACGUAUUUGGAUGGAAGAAUAUCGAGGAAUGCUUGUGACCCUCAGACAGCCAUUCUCCCCUUGGACCUGAAGCUGUUCAAGGUGAAACAGAUUCAGCUGUAAAGUGACUAUUUUGAAGUAACAGAGGCCUCCGAGCCUAUUUUGACUGAUCAGCCAUUUCCCCCCAGCAGCAAAAGCCUGAACAAGCUGGAUGGUAAACACAGCUCAGUGUGCUGGGAAUGUAUUUUGGCGUUGAGCUAUGAGUUGCCAACCAAUCUUACUGGCCUUCUGGCUUUUUCGUGGAGAUUAACACCGCCUUUUUAUUACUUGCCCUGCCAAGGCUCCUUGAAAGAUCAGGUUGGCUGGAGCCUCUGUUGCACAGCACUAUUUUUGCCUGUUCCGGGUAAACCAUUCUGCAAAGACAUUCAACCUAAAGUAUGUGAGACUUGAGUUGCUGAGGCUUAUUCCUUACCUAGCCCUUUUAUUCUGCAGUGGGAAGCUGCAUUUGAUACCAGGAAAAACCCCAGCCAGUAUUAAGAGGAUGUGAUACUAAACCCAAUGCAUGCAUUCAGAAUCUUGUUCUAAUAAAGAAAAGCGCUCACCUGUCG